GUCAACCUUGAGCACUGCCGACUGACCUCGCCGUCACCAACCAAACCAUUCAAUCCUUCUCCUCAUCGACCGGCCCAUCAUAAUCAGAGAGAAGCCCACUCGAUCGAUCGAGUUUUGCGCCUAAUUCUCUGCUUUGUCUCACCAUCUCCAUCCUCAGUUACAGAGUGGAUGAUGGAUCCCCCACCUAUGGGCACCACUGCAGAGAUUAAUCGAGACUUGAUAAUGGAUAACAUGUCAUCAGAGAAGGAGAUUUCUCUAGAAUUUGUACGGGAAUCGCUAAUGGCGAUCUCACAGUGUCUACCAGAUAUCGUUGCAUCAGAUGGGUCUCCUGUUAAGCCAGCAGCAGUUGCUGCUGAUGCUUUUGUUGACCAAAAUGAUGGUACUGGAGCAGAUGAUUAUAUGUCUAAACUGAUGUCAAUCUCUUACAUGCAGUCACCAGAUGUGAAACCUUCACUGCCAUUAGUGGAAAAUCCUGGUUCAUAGGAAGGAUGGAUCUCUUGCUUGAUGUACUUUGUACUUUUUAUGUUGAAGAAGUUCUUAUGUAAAAUUGUAUUAAGUGGUUCUGGAAUCCAACUUUGCAAACUGAAACCAGAAAACUAGUAACUAUGCCAAACAUGUACUUUUAUUA